AUGUCAGGAAUAUUAUUUGAAGAUAUGUUCAUUGUGGACAACACAGAUGCAGCAAGAUAUAACAAAGUUUGUAGAAUAACAGGACAUUCAUCAACAUCUCAAGAUAUUAAAAUCACUUUAGAUAUAAAUAGUGAAUUAUUCCCAGUUAAAACCAAUGAUUCUUUGACUAUUACUUUAGCAUCUAGUUUAGGUAAUGAAUCAUCUAUGUUGACUUCCAAUGGAAGUUGGAGACCCCCAAGACCUGAUGAUAGAUCAUUGGCUGAUGAUUAUGAUUACGUUAUGUAUGGUACUGUUUAUAAAUUUGAAGAAAAUGCUGAUAGUGAUAAGAUGUCGGUUUAUAUUUCUUUUGGAGGUUUAUUAAUGCGUUUAGAAGGAGGAUAUCGUUCUUUAUCUAAUUUGAAACAAGAAAAUGCUUAUAUCUUGAUUCGUCAUUAUAAAGAUAAUUAA